CAUCUCUUCCCCACUCUAUCUCAAACCCAAACCCAAACCAUCCUGACCACCCCAAACCCAUGCCAAUACUCCGUGCCCACAUCCGCCACACGACUGUCUCAAUGACUACACGACAAGACUCGCAAACAUUUCAUUGGCGAUACAAUGAGCUUGACGAUAAAAACUUUCAAAUUCGUGGACGUACACUCUUCUUUAUCAUUGUACUCUUUUCGACUAUAAUAGUGAUCACGCUUUUGUUUCUAUAUGCACGUUGGAUGUGUCGGUCUUCUACGUCCUCUGCUACCGUGGCAGACACUGCCACGUUGUCACAACAUGCGCGGCCAAUACCUCGGCCGCAUGGUUUGGAUUCGGCUAUGAUUAAUAGCCUUCCUAUCACUCUGCAUCAUCGGCCGUCUACUGAUUCUGAGACGGCCAGUGAAGCAGAGUGCUGUAUAUGUCUUGGAGUAUUUGAAGAAGGGGAGAAAGUGAAAGUUUUGCCAAUAUGUUGUCAUGCUUAUCACUGUGAAUGUGUAGAUAAAUGGCUCACCACUCAUUCUAGCUGUCCUAUUUGCAGAGCGGCACUACUAGUCGACUCACCUGUUUGACUCGAUCGGCUAAUUCUCUUCUUUUUUUUUUCCCUUUUAAACUUUUUUUUAGCAAUGUAAUGCAGAUUAAUCGAUAAAGUAUAACUUAUUAAUUAUAAUGUUCAAUUUCUUCA